UUUCUUUAUCCAAUCUGUUUAUCAAAUGUAUUUGUAACUUAGAUUUGCCCACCGACUUCUUCUCCUUCUGUCGUGGCCGCAAUUGCACCAUGCUGCCAUUUAUAGACGAUUUUUUCGAGUAUCCUGCAACGCUCACCGGGGCUUCUAUCGAUGAGUUGAAACUCAUCGCGUCGUUUCUGCUCUCCUACCCUCUGUCGGCCGUGUUGAAGAGAAUCCCUGAUCGUCAGCCAUGGAUGAAGAAUGUUUUCACCAUAGCAGUAUCUCUGUUCUAUCUCGUUGGGCUGUUUGACCUAUGGAGUGGUCUGCAGACUCUACUGUUCAGCGCUGCGGGGACCUACGCUAUCGUCUACUAUCUGGACGGUUCGCUGAUGCCCUGGAUCGGCUUUAUUUUCCUCAUGGGCCAUAUGUCUAUAAGCCAUAUCUACCGACAGAUUCUCAAUGACCCCAGCGCGGUCGAUGUCACUGGUGCUCAAAUGGUCCUCGUUAUGAAACUCUGCACAUUCUGCUGGAAUGUUCAUGAUGGUCGUCUCCCACAAGAGCAGCUCUCGGAUGCGCAAAAAUACACAGCAAUACGUGAACUCCCAGGUUUCUUGGAUUACAUGGGCUACGUACUGUUUUUCCCAUCUCUCUUGGCCGGCCCCUCUUUCGAAUAUAUCUAUUACCACCGUUGGAUCGAUACGACCUUAUUUGAUAUACCUCCUGGGACAGACCCUUCUAAGGCCCCCCGGACUAGGAAGAAGCGCAAGAUCCCGCGAAGUGGAAGACCUGCCACAAAGAAACUUGUUGCGGGGCUAGGCUGGAUCCUUUUGUUCAUACGAUUAUCGUCGGUUUAUUUUCCCGAAGCCGUCCUCGGCCAAGACUUCUUGCAAUAUUCCUUCUUCCGCCGCAUGUGGAUUGUGCACAUGCUCGGUUUCACGACUCGACUGAAGUACUAUGGUGUAUGGACACUUACCGAGGGAGCCUGUAUUCUCUCGGGCAUGGGAUACAACGGCUUCGAUCCGAAGACCGGCAAGGUGUUCUGGAAUCGACUGGAGAACGUUGAUCCAUGGAGGCAGGAGACCGCGCAGAACGUACGCGGUUAUCUCGCAAGCUGGAACAAGAAUACAAACCACUGGCUGCGCAAUUACGUGUACUUGCGAGUCACUCCUAAAGGCAAGAAGCCUGGUUUCCGGGCCAGCUUGGCAACCUUCGUCACGAGCGCAUUCUGGCAUGGCUUCUAUCCUGGCUACUAUCUCACUUUCGUCUUUGCUUCCUUUAUCCAGACAGCUGCGAAAAACGUCCGCCGGUAUAUUCGGCCCUUCUUCCUAACACCGGACGGCACCAAACCCACACCGUACAAGCGAUAUUACGACAUUAUUAGUCUGCUUGCCACGCAAUCAAUCGCCUCGUUUACCGUUCUCCCCUUCAUUCUUCUAUCUUUCCACGACUCGAUCCUAGUCUGGUCCCGCGUCUAUUUCUACGGAAUAGCAUGCACCACUGCAUCCUUCAUCUUCUUCGCAAGCCCCGCCAAGGCCUUUCUUGUCAAGCACAUGAAAUCGCGCAGCAAACGCGCCUUUGUGUCAUCAACUGAGGAGCCACAACGACCACCUACAUUGGGACUGCCGAAUGACCCGGAGAGGGAAUUCGAAGAAGCAGUACAGGAGAUCAAGGCCGAGAUUGAGGCGAGAAGAAGACGUGGUAGUAUCAUAUCUAUGCCGACUGGCACGCAGUUGAAGGCUGCCGUUCAGGAGAAAAAGGGUCGGAGACUAUUGUGA